AUGGCAGGGGGUAUGUAUACGAAAAUGACGUCUUCCGGCUCAUCUCUUAUUGCCAAUCCACGCACGAUUUCCAAGGAGUUAGAAGCAAAAAUUUCAACGUCAAUUGCCAGUGUCAUUGCAUCGAGUGAUGUGGCUAAAUUGACAACAAAAAUGGUGCGCCAAGCAGUGGAAAAACAAGUGCGUGUGAGUCUUGCGACCCAUAAAGAUGUACUGAAGCGACUUAUGCAUCAGGAAUUACGCAAGUUUAAGUCAAAGAAAAUGGCCAAAAGAGUCGUGAUGGAACCUUGGAAGAUCGAUAUGAGACGAGAGAGCAUUGUCAAAGGUCUCUCGCGAGUCUACCUGAUGAUGCGUGAAUCUCCUGUGACCUUUCCAGACUGGGGAUUACACGCUAUACAGUCACUUUAUGACCUGCAGGCAGUAGAAGAGGGUGAAGUGUUGCGAUUGGCAACACUCUAUGCUCGACUUAUGGGUGCGUUGUGGCUGAAGGAAGACCGACAUGUAGAUUGGAUACCAGGCUCCAUUCCUACGCCUACGCAGCUCGUGAACGCUAUUCGAGCUGUUUACGUAGUCGAGAGACUAGGAAUCUCUCAUGCAAGACGUGUUGAGCUAUUGGACUUUUUUGACCGAUCACCUGCUGUCUAUGGCCCUAAGGAUCUAUUGGGAUGGAACCCCGCAGAGAGUCCACCACCGUCGACUGACGAGAGUGGAGCCUCGAUAUAUGAGCGACUGACAAGAGCGCUGGUUCUGUGGCAGCAGUCACACGGGCUGGGGGUCUUGAUUGGAUUCACUUUGCCGCAGUUGCUUCAACACUUGUUGUUGGUGUAUCCAUACAAGGGCCCUAGUGAUCUUUCACCCGCAGAGUACGAAGACCAAGUCCACUUUGUCACUACGCUGGUGUUUGUGCUAACGAACCAUGGAAGGUUGCGCUGCGAGACGGAACUUCUUCCUCAUGAAUACUUCUUCUUGCACCAUCAUGUUGCAUAUCACCUUGCGCAACAAGACGUGGCUUUGCUUGGUGAGACAUUACGGGCUUUACGUUGCUUUGAAGGUUCAAGUGAUCUUGUUCAAAUGCGUCGAGGACUAGCUUUCUUGUUGCUCACUCAACGCGAAGAUGGGUCUUGGGUGACUGAGUCGGCACAAAACGAUGCCAAUCAGCAAUAUUUCUCUACUAUGCAAGCGCUGUGGGCACUGUGUGAGCCUCGGCGAGCGGGAUUUGCGCCUGCCUUCCCAGAGGCUAUUCCGAUUUUAGAGCACUAUUUGAAUGCGGAUAUUGGGGGCGUUGAUCAGAAUUUCUUUGCGGGGAGCAACAAGAGCAGUGCAAGCAAUACUAAAGAUGCACAUGUUGAUCCUGAGGUAGCCGCAGCAACAGCAGCUGGUCCAUCUGAAAACGAAGACCUAGCAACACGCAUUGGCUUUUUGCAGAGCUUACUGGAUCAGAAUGGCAACGUGAAUAGCGUUUCAGCCGCACUUGCAACACAUGUGUUAAGCACCCUAUCAGAUAUGAUGCUCACUGUUGAUAUCCUCAAGAGCACUGGCGUUGGGCGCACUAUUAACAAAUUGCGUAAACAUACAGCACCUUCGGUAGCGAAGGCGGCAACUCAACUUGUGGCGAAAUGGAAAAAAGACUUGCUGUAG